AAACCACCGUCUCAAUCCGCCCCGGUUGAUUAUUUCCUCCCGAUUAUCUUUGUUUUCUCGGCCGUGCUUGGAUUUUUCUCCUGCGCUCAUUUAGAUGGCAAGCUUUCCAGACUCUGUAAACGAAAAAGAAAUAGGUAAGGCUAAGUUCAUCGCUGAACUCCUGGUGCCUGUUGCUCCCUUCGACCAGAAGUCUGGGCGUGAGGCUUGGACAGUAGCCUUUGCACCCAAUGGUUCCUACCUCGCUUGGUCUCAGGGGCGUCGGAUUGUCAGGCUCAUUCCCUGGGCAAAAUGCCUGAAGAGCUUCGGUUACGUUCUAGAGUACGAAGAAAAAGCUGCACUUCAGCACAACCCUGCGGGAAGUUCAGCUAGCCAGUCUGGAGUGGACACCAAUGCCUCGAGCCCGCGGCGUUUAUCCUGUCAGAGCAGUGACGGAGGCCAGCUCAUCCCAGCGUCCGGUGAGCCAUGCGAGCACACCAUCGACUGCGGUGACAUUGUCUGGGGCAUGGCUUUCGGUUCCUCUGUGCCAGAGAAGCAGAGUCGCUGUGUAAACAUCGAGUGGCACCGCUUCAAGUUCGGCCAGGACCAGCUGCUACUGGCAACAGGCCUCAACAAUGGUCGCAUCAAGAUCUGGGAUGUUUACACUGGAAAACUGUUGCUGAAUCUGAUGGACCAUACUGAUGUAGUGCGAGACUUGACCUUUGCUCCUGAUGGCAGCCUCAUGCUGGUCUCUGCAUCCAGAGAUAAGACCCUGCGUGUAUGGGACCUCAAAGAUGAUGGUAACAUGGCAAAGGUUUUGCGGGGGCAUCAGAGCUGGGUGUACUGCAGCGCCUUCACCCCAGACUCCUCCAUCUUGUGCUCAGUUGGCGCCGGCAAAGCAGUGUUUCUAUGGAACAUGGAUAAGUACACGUUGAUCCGGAAGCUGGAGGGGCACCACAAUGACGUGGUGUCCUGUGACUUUUCACCAGAUGGGGCACUGUUGGCCACUGCCUCUCAUGACACCAGGGUCAUUGUAUGGGACCACCACAAGGGCACCAUCCUGCUGGAACUUGGCCAUCUCUUCCCUCCUCCAUCACCCAUUUUUGCUGGAGGGUCAAAUGACCGCUGGGUUCGCAGCGUGAGCUUCUGUCCUGACGGUCGCCACAUCGCCAGUAUCACCGAUGACAGACUGGUUCGUUUCUGGAGCAUCGAGGAAAGGGCACCUCAGGCCAUCGCGCCUCUCACUAAUGGCCUCUGCUGUGCCUUCUCUCCUGAAGGAAGUGUCCUUUCGGCUGGGACUCAUGAUGGAAGCGUGCACUUCUGGGAGUCUCCUCGUAGCAUUGCCAGUCUGCAGCACAUCUGCAGGAUGGCUCUCCGCCGGGUGAUGACCACCCAGCAGGUGGAGACCCUGGCCAUUCCGACUCCGCUCUGCGACUACCUGACGUACAAAGUCAUCUAACCCCCACCCACCACCCCAGCACCAGCUGACCCAACUGCACAUGCCGCAGCAGGGAUAUGCUGAAAAACCAAUGAAUUCCGACACAAACAGUUUUCCAUAGAACCUUGUUGAACUAAUGGAUGUGAUCAGGACAGGUGGGAAAGGAUACAACACUUUUGAAACCCUAGAGACACAUCCUCAACUCAACCCCACACCAAAUCCACUCACAGCUGAAUAUAGUUUUGUGUCGUACAUAUUUAUUUUUGUAAAUGGUUUUUUAAAAAUAUACGUGUGCUGGGGUCAUCACACCAUCCGUACCUGUAAGGUUAAGUUAUUUCUAAGGCCAUCAUAGCAGUGUGGUACCUGUAAGUGUUCAGCUCCUCUGACUCUACCAAGUUCUCAUAACGCAUCAUCAGUUUCCUCUGUCCUGAAAUAGCUGUUGCACUUAAAGUGAGAAGCUUUGCAGUGGUGCUUGCUCUUACUGUCAGGUCUCCUGUUGGCGAGUGGGUGAGCUAAAGGGAAGAGAAACACUGGGUGUUUAACGGAUGCAGGGUUUUGAAAGUUGAUUCUCAUUAUCUGAAGUGAUCAUCGGUUAUCGUUAUCUCUUAAGAUUUAAAUAUUUGUCUGAGACAGUAUUUACACCAUCGUGGCAGUUAUCACUGAAACCUAGAUUUCUAAUGUGACUAAGCAGUAGUUCUUUAUAUCCUAUACAGUUUUAGCAUUUGCCAGAUGUAUCAGCCAUUAAUGACUCAUUUCUGCAUUUUGGCCACAUCGGAAACUGGCAGGGUCAGAAUUCUUGAUCUGGGUAAGGAUAUUUCCAUUUAUGUGGACUGCGGUGACUGUGGUGGUAAUGCACCGAGAAAGGAAUGUAUUCACCGUGUUUGUCAGGCCUAUCGGAUGCACACGUGGUGACAAAGGCUGAAUGUAAACAGACAAAAACUCCACAGGGUACAUUUAGAAUCCUGCACUCAUAAUAUUUACCACCAAACCAACAAUCGGCUCAACCCUGACAUGAUGCAGGUGCAGCUCACCCACGGUGUCACCCAAAAAACAGAAAACACUUCCCAAACUGGCAACAGAAUGCUUGAAUUUACUCUCCUGCCCUGUGGGGCAGUAAAAAACCUUGGUUGAGGAUUUCACACUAAAGCUGAGCACCUCUGAUGCUUAAGUGCUAUAUAUAGUUGAGCUUGUAAAAAACCCUGUAUACAAAUUUCCAUGUGAUAUGUAUGUAUGUAUGUAUGUAUAUACAAAAUUGUAUCAUGUCCAUAUACAAAUCAGUUUUUUCACUUUAUUUUGUCAUUUAGUUAUUCUGUUGAAUAUUUGUAUUUUUGUAUUUUGUUCUCCUUUUAAAUGUGAAAUGUCAGCAAAACUACACGUCUUACAGCCCAUCAGGGUGUUACUACAUUGCGUUGCUUACAUUACCCUUUUGUGCAUGUCACUUUUAGACUGGUGGUCACAUUGUUAUUGGACCCUGUCACAUUUUCUUUUCUAUAUGCAGAAAAACCCUGAAAGUAUUCAAUAGCAACCAACCAAUCAGCUGCCAGCCGCGGCCAUCUGCUGUUAAAUACCUUCAUGGUCGCUGAAAUAUAUGCACAGGAUCAUUUGCAAUGACUUUUAUUUGUAUUUUUUUUAAGAUGCAGCAUUUUUGGUAUGUUUGAUUUUUUUUCAGUUUGUGUGUCAGUGAGCGGAGGUGGGAAGAAGGGAAAGUGAGCGCUAACCGUGGCCUCUCUGUGUUUCUGUAGGAUGGUGGCUACUGAACAGCUGUCAAUCAUUCUUGGCAAUAAGUUCUCUGACAGCGACUGCUAAAGCCAAAGGUUCCUUUUCAGAUAGUGUGUAUGUGUGUGUGUGUAAAUGGUUGUUUUUAUAAUUUCCGGCUGAGGGUGUCUCUCAGAGGGUGCUUGGUUAUAAAGCUUAAGAGGGGUGUACAUGGUAAGAGUUUGUAUAACUGCAAACAUUGUGAUUGGAAAAACACAGUUCUGCCUCAGUGAGAUGUACUAUGAAGGGGUAAAUAUAUCAUAUAUAUAUAUGAAUGUAUUUAGGUCCUGCAUUUUUUGGGGUGUGUGUGUGUGUGUAGUUUCAAUAAAGGCCUUUCGACAAAACAA